AUGGCCUUUCCCUGUUAUAUCUCAGCCUCACUCUCAUCUCCCUCUCCCUCAUCUUCCUUUCGAGGUUGCAUCCCACUGAAAUUGAAUAUCAGAUUGCUAUGCUCUCACCGCUCCCUUAAGUUGUCUCCUAUUUGUUGCGCUUCUAGUUCCACCUCCCUUGGCGAUCCCGAUCAUGAGUUUCUCCAAGCCUCUAUACGCCUUGCAGGUCUAAGAGACAAGUAUGCAUUACAAAAUGUUGAUAUUUGGUCACAUGGAUUCGGGCAAGAUUCCAUUUGUCUACACAAGAAGAAGAACAUGCUCCUAAAGCUAGACUUACAAAAAGCUUGGUUAGGAAAGGUGGAUAAAGAGAUAGGGAAGAUAGAUGAGGAGAUAAAGAUCCAAGACAAUAUGAUGAAGGUUAACCAAGAGAUUGGUUCAAGGAUGGACGAGGCACCACCAAGUUCGGGCAAAAGAAAAAGAGAUCCUUUUCAGUCAUUGCUCUUCUACCUUAUUAAGGACUCCUCUAUUUCCACUUGGGGAGAACCCAUUUGUGUUUACCUAAACUUAGCGCUGCGAGAAAUGUCCGGCGAAACGGCGGUUACGGCUAUGGAGACAACGGAGACGGCGAACCAAAGUUGCGUUAAGAUUGACUCGAACAAGGCGGAUACAACAGAUAUGGAGCUCCAGAUUCUUGCAGCUAUGCGAUCCCGCGUAACCUACCUCAGAAACAAAGCAGACUCCGUGACCUUCGCGAGUGUGCGGAGGCUUCUGGAGGAAGAUAUGGGGUUAGAGAAAUAUGCUUUGGAUGCGCAUAAGAGCUUUGUCAAAGAGCAUUUGGUUAAGUGCUUAGAGGAUCCUGGUGAUGGCGCUUCAGAUAACAACCCUCAGGAAACUGACGAUGCGACUCCAGUCAAAGAAGUAGCAAAUGCAUCUGAGGAGAAUCAGGUGAAGAAAGAUGUAAGGGAAGAAACUGGUGAUGAAGCCCUGAUGAGUGAUAUAAAGAGAGCCCUUCGUAAAAGGACGUCUUAUAUUAAGGCUAAUUCAGAGGAAAUCACAAUGGCUUCACUUCGUCGGCUUUUGGAGGAAGAUCUUAAACUAAAGAAAGAUUCUCUUGUUCCCUUCAAGAAGUUCAUUAACAAAGAACUAGAUGAUGUUCUGCAAAUUCCUGAUGUUCCAAAACAUUCGACUAAGCCUACUUCGAAAAGUGUAAAGAAAAAUGUCAAGAGCACACCACCUAAGAAGCUAGGUAGUGAAGAUGAUUCUGAUUCAGAUGCUGACGAAGUGCCUGAGAAGAAGACACUGACCCAGAAUAGAAAACGAAAAAUUGAAAAUGUCAAACCGGUGGCUGGGAAAAAGAAAACAAAAGAUACAGAAGCAGAUUCAGAUUCAGAGAACGAUAGUGAUGCAGGAGAUAGUGGAAUGAGGGUAGUUAAACCUUCGAAGACUGCAACAACUGUGUAUGGAAAGCGUGUCGAUCAUCUCAAAUCAGUUAUCAAAUCUUGCGGGAUGAGUAUCCCUCCUAUCAUAUACAGGAAAGUCAAGCAGGCUCCGGAAGAGAAACGUGAGGCUACUUUAAUAGAAGAACUUGAGCAGAUACUUGCCAAAGAAGGGCUGUCUUCAGAUCCUUCAGAGAAAGAGAUUAAAGAAGUUAAGAAAAAGAAAGAUAGAACAAAAGAGCUUGAGGGUAUUGAUACAAGCAACAUUGUAUCGAGUUCAAGAAGGAGAUCAACGACAAGUUUUGCACCUCCUCCAAAGCCGAAAAUAACAAGUGAAAGCGAGAGCGAGAGUGAUGAAGAAGAGUCAGAGAAUGGAGAGGAGAACGAAGAAGAAGAAGGUAAUGAAGAAGUAGCUGAGGAAGGAAGCCAAAGCGAAGAAGAGUCCAACAACGGUGAGAGUCCAUUUCACUCUCUUUUAAAUGAAACAUUAAGUUUAAAAUGGAUGAUCAAUUGUUGGCCUUGUUUGCAGAGGAUGGUGGUGGAGAGGAAAGCGAAUGAUUUGUAUGUUUCGUCUAUGCUCGUCAUGCUGUUCUACCUUAAUAACUCCAUUAUCUAUUCUAGCUUAGAUCUGUAUCUGCUGUACUUUGAGUAGUGACGGUUUGUUCCCUAUUUUCUUCUCGACUUUUAAUUAUACUUAUGAUUCUGUGGCAAGUGGAAUUUGAAACUAA